UCUAAAGAAUAUGCUAGCAAGCUGUUGUUGUCGGAUUCUGAAUUUGCGAUGAAGAGGAGGGUUUAAGUAGAAAAGGGGCAUCACUGUCACUGCAUUAUAUUAAGAAGAAGAGGCCUGACAUGGGUGGUGUGGAGAAGAUGAAGUACGUGGUGGUGACUAGCGGGGUCGUGAGCGGGCUAGGGAAUGGUGUCGCCGCCAGCAGCAUCGGUGCCGUCCUCAAGGCCUGCGGUUUGCGAGUCACCUUCAUCAAGACAGAUCCAUAUUUAAAUACUGAUUCUAGAACGAUGUCUCCUUCUGAAAACGGAGAGGUAUUUGUUUUGGACGAUGGCAGCGAGGUUGGCAUAGAUCUUGGAAACUACGAGAGAUUCCUAGAUGUUGAAUUAACCGGAGACAACAACAUAACAGCCGGCAAGAUCUAUCAGGUACUGAACAUGUCAUUUUCUCUGCAACCUCCAACGUGGGCAAGUUCUUAUCCGUUUUCUCGGACGUGGUAUGUCCUUGUCCGAUUCUUGCAGCAUGUGCUGGACAAGGAGCGAAGAGGUGAUUAUCUAGGGAAAACAGUACAGGUUAUACCCCACAUUACGGAUGCGAUUCAAGAAUGGAUUGAGCGUGUCGCCUUGAUCCCUGUCGAUGGGAGAGAAGGGCGGCCUGAAGUUUGUAUAGUGGAGUUGGGAGGGACUAUAGGAGAUAUAGAGUCAAGGCCAUUUAUGGAAGCUUUGAGCCAGUUUUCAUACCGAGCUGAGCAUAAUAAUUUUUGUUUGGUUCAUGUCAGCCUUGUCCCUGUUAUAGACAUAGUUGGCGAACAGAAAACGAAGCCUACCCAGUGCAGUGUUCAGAGCCUCCGAGAGCUUGGAUUGAAGCCAAACCUUCUGGCUUGUCGUAGCACAACACCUCUGAAUAAAAAUGUCAAAGAGAAACUUUCCCAGUCUUGCCAUGUUCCGGAUGAUUGCAUUAUUAGUCUCAACAAUGUUCCAAACAUUUGGCACGUCCCCUCGCUUCUAAUAGAUCAAAAGUGUCAUGAAGCUAUUAUGGGAAUUCUAGGACUAGCACGUUUAACAGUGGAACCUAAGUUGGAUGCAUGGAUGAACAUAGCUAGAACGUGUGACCAACUGCUUGCUCCUGUCAGAAUAGCAGUAGUAGUUGAAAAAUACACCAAUGUUUCCAACGCAUACCAAUCGAUCCUCGAGGCUAUGCUUCAUGCAUCGGUUGUGUGCCAGAGAAGGCUAGUUGUCGAUUGGGUCCCUGCUUCUGACCUGGACGUCGAGACUGCAAAUGAGUCACCUGACCUCCAUGAGAAGGCAUGGGGCCUACUGAAGGGUGCAGAUGGAGUCCUAGUUCCAGGAGGCUGUGGUCACGGAGGAGUUGGAGGCAAAAUUCUCGCUGCUAAAUAUGCUAGAGAAAAUAAUGUUCCGUACCUAGGAAUAUGCCUGGGGAUGCAGGUUGCUAUCAUAGAGUUUGCACGAUCUGUUCUUGGCCUGAAGGACGCCAACAGCACAGAGUUUGACGCUGGCACGAGAUAUCCUUGUCUGAUCGAAAUGCCUGAGGUAACAGUAGCGGCAGCGUUUCUGUGGACUUUUGCAUGCUCUGAAUGUAUAAAUACUGACUCGAAGAUGCAGGCGUGCGUAGGAUCAAGGAGGACUUUCUUCAGAACGAUGGACUGUAAAUCUGCUAAACUCUAUGGCAGUGUAAAUUACACGGAUGAACGCCAUCGGCGUCGGUAUGAGGUGAACCCUGACAUGGUGGGCGAGCUUGAGAGCGCGGGUGUGGAGUUUGUGGGCACGGAUGAAACCGGAGACAGAAUGGAGAUACUGGAGCUGCCUUGGCACCCGUAUUUUGUGGGCGUCCAGUUCCAUCCGGAGUUCAGGUCCAGGCCAGGCAAGCCUUCUCCACUAUUCACGGGGCUGAUAGCUGCAUCGUCAGGGUUACUGGACGCCGGCAUGCUGCAGAGCCCUGCUGGCCUUGAGAAUGGGAACGGACCUGUCUCCAUGAAGGUCGCGUCGGGAGCAAGCGGAGGUGGCUACGCGAACGCGAGUGGCCUCGAGGAAGGCCUCCUGGGCCUGCACGUCUCAGGAGCAGCACUGGCACAUUAGCACUGCGUCCUACUCCUUCGUCUUCUUUAGCGGUUGUACUGUCGAGGUUCUUUGCGUGUUUGGCGAUUUGAAUUUUGAAGCGUGGAAGCUCUAGUCCCUCAACUCUGGUGCUUUAUUCGUCUAUAAUGUACUGAAAGAUACGGUAUCACGAAUCAUUUCAGCACUGUGUGAUCUUUAUCUUUUGAAAUACUCUCUCUAUCCCAAAUUAUAAGGCAUUCCAAGAACUUUGAAGAGUCAAAGCAUUUUAAG